UAGCGAGAGGGGGGAGGGGGUUCAGGCCGGGUCAUGAAGAGCCGCUCGGCCGGGCUGCCCCUUCCCUCCCUCCCGCCAGUGACGAUCCCUUGCUCCCCCCCUGUGCAUCCCUACCUCUGCUAAGCGGGCCCUUCUUGCCUGGCUGGGACUGGAAGGUAAUGGAGGCGGACGCAAACCAAGCCAACUCGGUGCUCAGUGCAGACUCGCAGCACGAUCCCUGCAAAAUGUUCGUCGGGGGACUGAGCUGGCAGACCACGCAAGAAGGUCUUAAGGAAUAUUUCUGUAAAUUUGGGGAAGUAAAAGAAUGCAUGGUGAUGCGGGACCCUGUUACAAAACGGUCGAGAGGAUUCGGGUUUGUCACUUUUGUUGACCAAACGGGCGUAGAUAAAGUUCUAGCGCAACCGAGACAUGAACUAGAUUCUAAGACGAUUGAUCCUAAGGUGGCUUUUCCACGCAGAGCACAGCCAAAGAUGGUGACCAGAACAAAGAAGAUCUUUGUGGGUGGAUUGUCUGUGAAUACCACGGUGGAGGAUGUCAAGCAGUAUUUCGACCAGUUUGGAAAGGUAGACGAUGCCAUGCUGAUGUUUGACAAGACAACCAAUCGACAUCGAGGGUUUGGGUUUGUGACCUUUGAGAGCGAAGAUAUUGUGGAGAAAGUCUGCGAGAUCCACUUCCAUGAAAUCAACAAUAAGAUGGUGGAGUGUAAGAAAGCACAGCCCAAGGAAGUGAUGUCACCGACCGGAACCGCCAGGGGACGUUCUCGAGUGAUGCCCUAUGGCAUGGAUGCCUUCAUGCUGGGGAUAGGCAUGCUGGGGUAUCCAGGAUUCCAGGCUGCUUCAUACGCAAGUCGUGGUUACACAGGGCUCGCGCCCGGUUACACCUACCAGUUUCCCGGCCCAUUACUGCUGCCUCCAGCCACCACACUUCCGUCGUCAGCUGGGAGAGCGGGACAGUCCGGGGUGCAGACGUCCCAGUGGCCACCGUCCAUGUUGCUUCAGGAUUGGCCUACAGGAGCGAUCCCCCUCACCGCAUAUGGACCAAUGGCAGCGGCGGCUGCAGCGGCUGUGGUUCGCGGGACAGGCUCCACCCCAACCCGCACCGGUGGUUUCCUCGGCACCACCAGCCCCGGCCCCAUGGCCGAUCUGUACGGGGCGGCCAACCAGGACUCCGGGGUUAGCAGUUACAUCAGUGCAGCCAGCCCCGCACCAAGCACUGGAUUUGGCCACAGUCUCGGGGGCCCCUUGAUUGCCACAGCUUUCACAAACGGUUACCACUAAAGCAAAGGCCUGCAAAUCUGAAAAAGGAGGGCCUGGCUGGUGAGCACGCGGAGGGGAUGUGGGUUUUGGUGGAGCUCAGGCAACUUUGAUCAUUUUACUGCACACAUUGACUUACUACCAUUAACCCAUCUCCGACCACCCCCCACCCCAUCAACUGAAGAAAACAUCUCACUCCUUCACUAACAUUUAAAGUUUACGCUUCUUUGUUUCUCCUGAUUUUUUUUUUAAUUUAUUUUAUUUUUUUUAGCUUAACGAUCGAUCAGUUUUAAGCCGUGUCUUCUUUUUGUUGUUGUUGUUGCUUAUUUGAAAGUGUUUAGAUGCAUUCUUUUUAAGAUGAGAGUUUUGUGAUUGUAUUAGAACAUUUUGCUGAGGACAUUUUGCUUCAUAUUUUUGACCAUUUUUUUUGCCAGAUCUUGUUUUUAAUGAGUAAGAGCUAAAGAGGGUAAUGUAAAACACUCCAAAAGAAAAUGAAAUCUUGUCUAAAUACAAUUUAUUUUGAUAUUCUUUGUAAAUGUCAUCUAUUAACACUGAAUUCCAGUUAUCAUGGAACAAAAAAACAUCUGCAGGACAAAAAUGUAUAUUUUGGUAAAAAAAAACACUAUGAAUCAUAAAAGUAUUUUUUUCUGAAAUUGGAUAAAACGUUUCUGUAAAAUAUGUAAAUAGAACAAGCUGGAUUUGUAUUUGCCUUCUGCACAAAAGGUUCUUUUUUGAGUACGGUAGUAUUUUUGAGAAAAGGGUAGCUUCCAGGUCCUUACACAGCCUGAAAUUUAGCAAUACUGUAGUUAACACCCAGCAGAUUCUGUAGUUGAUGUUGUUAAGGGGCUAAUUUACUGUAGAGUUGCUUUUUGUUCUCUGACUUCUCUUUUAAAUGAAGGACAUUGGUUAAAGAUAAUAAAAAUGACCGGUACCUCAAUGGGUCAUGAAGCUGCUAAAGACAAAAAAAUCCACAUGUAAACUACAUAUCUAUAAGGUUGUGUAGGCCAGCCUGGUGUCCACUUUGACCCCAGUUUUGAGAAGGAAUGGUUGUUGCUAUGGCUACUACUGUUUUACCUCGGCUGGUCACUUCCACAAAGCUGUCAACUCUCCCAGUUUUUUUUUCUGAAACAGUAUCCUGUAGUGUUCAGACAUGGCUAGUUUUCGUUUUUAUUUUUGUUUCUUUGUAAACCGCCUGCACUUCCAAUUCAGUAGCAACGGGCAUGGUAACUGAUCACCCGCCACGCGUAGAGGGGAAGCUGGGAGUGGUCUUGUCUCCGGCCGGCAGAGGAAAGGAGUAUUGUUCUGCAAAGAUGGGGAGUCAAGCCAAGUCGCACCCUGCUCACUGUAAAGGGCGUGCCCGCUUGUGGGACGGGACCUCCGCCGUAUGUCGUCCCACCCCUCCCCUUACUCCUGCACCACAUUUCCCCGCGCCGGGCCACCAGGGGUGACGGAGGGUGUGCUGAGGAGGUACCACCUGAGUAAUUACCACACCCCUGCCGGCAGCCAGCUUCAAGGGACGUUCCGGGAGCCCGGAUCCUUCAGUUCCCACCGGAAGAGAGAGGGUCCCGCGAGCAGGAGCAAGCGGAGAACGAUCGCCAGAACCUUUUGUUUUAAAGGAGAAGGAACGACAUUCAUCCAACAUGAGGCUUCUCCUCAGCUGCAAGGUUUAACAUGUUUAAUAUAUGACAUAAUCACGGAUGGAACUUGUCACCUUGAAUUAUUGUAAAAUACUUUUUUAAUUAAUGUGUUUUAGAGGAAGAAUGAAAUGAAAGGUCCAGGGGCUGAUUUUUUUUAAAAAGAUGAAGGCCAAUUUAGCGCUUACAGUGAAAAGAAAAUAACAAAACAGAAAUCUGUUUUUUUUUAAAAAAGAAAAGAUUUGAGGGCAUUAAAUGCUGCGAUUCUCUGUCAGUUUAUUCCAGGGUCAUUUCUUGUCCUGUGUCAGUGGAGAGACUGACAGAUCUGUGGAGAGUUGCUAGCUUUGCUCUUGAUUUUUAAUCAAUAAAACACUACUGGAAAUGCAAACACUUGUUUGUAACAGCAAUAAAUGCUAUUUGUGAAAGUGCAUCCAGGGGAGCACAUUUUUUUUCUGAUUUCUAUUUUUCUCUUCUAGAUGAAGUGGUGUUUGGUAAAUAAUGUCUUGCUCCCUCAUGCAUUGUACUGCCAGGCAGAAGUUUUUGCUUUUUAAUCCUUUUUACGUUUGUCUAUUUUUUUUUGCCAGUAAGUUAUUGCAAUUUGAGAAAUGUCAUCUCUGGCUCUGUAACCCUUUUUCAGAUUUCAUUUAAAAUUCCUAAUAAAUUAUUUGAAACUUUC